UGGAAGGUGCAACAAUGUGAUGAGUCGGCUGUCUCUGUGGUAGUCCCAGCGUGCUGCGUGAUUGGACCGUCCCUGCGGUCGUUACUAGGGGCGUGGAGCCAAGCAAAGUGAAUGGGAAACACAUUUUUACUGCCUCAGCAGCGCAGGAACCCAACGUUGAACAGAGUCGAUGACAAGGGAAUACAGUUGCGUGUUGAAAUUACCUGCCGGGGAGAUGACAGAAGAGCUGAAAAAAUCCCGUGGCGUGAACCGAACUGUAUGUUAAUUCACCCACAGCCUCGGCGUGCAGCAGCUACAGCGAAAUAGUCGGUCGGGGAGAUCUCCAAAUAUUAAGGGAUGCGAGGACUUGUCAUUUGAUAAAUACAUCACAUUCGUCAUUUUUCGACCCUCGGCAGUGGGGAGGGAAUGUGCUGCCCGGACUGAAUCUGGAUUUGCUGGUGCUUCGGUGUGACUCCCGUGGGUGAAAAUGGGUUUAAUAUUGAGAUAGGGCGUUCAGAAAGUCCACCCUCUUCUCGCCUUGGACAGUCGGCUAACGUUAGCGAGGUUUUUCUAACUGCGGACCUGACAGGUUCGGUUCGGACUGCUGUGUAAGGUGUAGUCCCGGUGCUGUGUUCGCCUUUCAGCGUUUUCUUUUUCUUCUUAAAGAGCGUUGUUUAGGGCCUCUGCUGACAAACUGCGUCACCGGGUGGGCGCUGCAGGUAUUCAUCUGCAAAAAAAGAUCUGCAUUUGGAAAUUGAAGCCAUGCCUGGAAGAACCUGGAAACCAAAGUGACUGAACUUUUUAAAUCACCAUGGAGCCGGAGGCUAGCUGUGGGACUCUCCAAGAGCCCAAGCCUUCAUCUGUACCCAAUUCUCAAUGUAAUCUCGCCAUAAAUAAGCAUGGGCCCAUGGGUGAUUCAAAUGUGAAUCUUGUGGACUCUCUAGUGAGAGGUGGAAGUGAUCCUUCUUCUGUUUACCAGAGGAAUGGGCAUCAGAGAUUCAUCAGGAGAAGUCUGUGGUUUUCAGACACGGAUGAGCAAUCCUACGAAGCCCCCGAAACUGAAAACCAGAGCAAAGUCCUGAACAUAAACUUGAGAUCAAUUGUGGACAGGACACGAGGGACUAGCUGUGGGGUUCAAGAGAGCUCCAGCACUGAGAGCCAAUGUGGGCAAAAAGACAGCGCCACAGAGAGCACCGGUGCGGAUGAGGACAAGGAGAGAGUUGGACAUGCUUUGAAUGUUACUUGCAGUGAUGGUGGUAAAGUUGCUACUAAGACAGUGAGUGAGGAAAAUGAAGAGGAAGCAGAGAUGAAAGCGGUCUCCACAUCUCCAGGAGGAAGGUUCCUUAAAUUUGACAUCGAGCUCGGGAGAGGGUCUUUCAAAACGGUCUACAAAGGCCUGGAUACCGACACCUGGGUGGAGGUGGCCUGGUGUGAGCUGCAGGACCGUAAGCUGUCAAAAAUUGAACGCCAGCGCUUUAAGGAGGAGGCAGAGAUGUUGAAGGGUCUACAGCAUCCCAACAUUGUUCGUUUCUAUGACUUCUGGGAAUCUCCUCUAAAAGGAAAGAAGUACAUUGUUUUAGUGACGGAGCUCAUGACGUCAGGAACACUAAAAACUUAUCUAAAGCGUUUCAAGGUCAUGAAACCCAAAGUCCUGAGAAGCUGGUGCAGACAGAUCCUGAAAGGCCUUCACUUUCUCCACACCAGAACGCCACCGAUCAUCCACAGAGACCUCAAAUGUGAUAACAUCUUCAUUACUGGACCGACAGGAUCGGUCAAGAUUGGGGAUUUAGGACUGGCGACACUCAAAGCUGCCUCCUUUGCAAAAAGCGUCAUAGGUACUCCAGAAUUCAUGGCUCCGGAGAUGUACGAAGAGCACUAUGACGAGGCCGUAGAUGUCUAUGCAUUUGGCAUGUGCAUGCUAGAGAUGGCCACUUCAGAGUAUCCCUACUCAGAGUGUCAAAAUGCUGCCCAGAUUUAUCGUAAAGUUACUAGUGGUGUAAAGCCAGCCAGCUACAACAAGAUUGUGGAUCCUGAAAUCAAGGAGAUCAUUGGCGAGUGUAUAUGUCAAAAAAAAGAAGAGCGGUAUACCAUUAAGGACCUGUUGAACCAUGCUUUCUUUGCCGAGGACACAGGUGUGAGGGUGGAGCUUGCAGAGGAAGAUGAUGGGAAAAAACCCACCAUAGCUCUGAAACUGUGGGUGGAGGACCAUAAGAAGUUAAAAGGAAAGUACAAGGAGAGUGGAGCCAUUGAGUUCACAUUUGACUUGGAGAAGGAGGUUCCUGAGGUUGUGGCACAAGAAAUGGUGGACUCGGGCUUCUUCCAAGAGAGCGACGUUAAAACUGUGGGAAAGUCGAUCAGAGACCGUGUGGCGCUGAUAAAAUGGAGAAGAGGGAGGACGGCGGCUAUAGUAGCUCCGGUGGAUCAGGGUGACAGGGGCCAGAGAAUUAAUGUGACAUCAUCUGAGGGCGUCUCGGGUGCAGCACCACAUGUUGUACAGCCUCUUGUGGUUGAACCUGAAGACACAGACGCAGAUCAGCACAGCAGGCUACACAACCUGCCAACCAGUACCACUUCAGUGACAUCAGCAGACGGCACACUUGACAGUGGCAUGGGCUCUACUGUGUACUCAGACUCUCACAGCAGCCAGCAGAGUGUCCUCUACCAGUCCCUACUGGAGCCUAUUACUAUGGCAACACAGCAGUGCCAGAGCUGCAGCCAUUUUCUGACAGACCGACCUCAUUCCUCUGAAAUCAGUGAAGUUUGGCAGACACCACUGAGCCCGCAGCUCAGGGCUCGACUGGGAAGUGCAGAACGAAGGGGAAGUGCCCCUGUUAUUGACAUUCAAAGGGCAAGCCAAAUUGCUCAUCUCCACGCUUUCAUUCGGGCCCAGAGAUCAGUCAGUCCCAUCCCCGUUGUAAGGGAGAACCUGGUGGAAACCAGCCCCAGGGAAACCCAUCCUCAGCCUGUCUCUGAAGCUGAGGGCAGGCUUCCCUCCCCAACCACUCAGCCGAUGUUUCAUCUCUCCCCUCUUUCUUCACCUACCGAGUUGCGCCGCCGUAGUGACGCUGGUGUCAGAUCGCCGUCACCAACAGCCUGUGAGUCUUUGGCUCUCCCAGUGCAGAGUCCACGCCGACACUCCGACCUCAGUAGUCUUCUUAGUCUAGCGUCUAAUGAAAACCAUCUUUCUGCGUUGCAUAGAAGCUCCGAUUGCCAAGCCUGCCUUUCUCUGCUUCUGUUAAAGUCCCAAAAUGGGAACCACCGUCCCUUUACUGCCGUCUCUCCAACACAUCAUUGUCCAUCUGACAUUCGCCACCAUCCUUUAUCUGGAAAAUUACCUUCCUCUUGCUACGGACAGACAAAAGGAUCAAGCGAUUAUUCAAAUUUUUCAAUGCUGCAGCAGUCCCUGUUUAAUAUAAUCAGCCGUAAAUCAGUUCCUUCUGCCCUUACGCCAUCCCAAACUUUCCCACUGCACUCCUCAACAGCCGGGGGGCUGUCUCACAGUGAUGGGGAAGGUGUCCCAACUAGUCCUCCACAGAGCGACGGCUUAUUUGAAGAGCAUGAAUCUCUCCAGCACUGGAAGGAGAAAUAUUUUUCCAGAGAGCAACAAGCUACCAGUUCUUUGGAAGUGGCCAGUUCUGCAGGUAACCAACAGCAGCCGUCUGUCCAGGGCUUGCCCUCGUCCAGCGCAGCCAUGCCCACUCCGCAGCAGUCCCUUCAACCUGGACACAGCUACCCCGCUGCUCUGUAUGCCGCUCACCUCGGCAGCACUACACCCAUCCCAACCAGUCUAGGCUCAUUAUAUACCCAGCAGCAAACAUCAGUUGCAGUUACUAAUGCAGCAUCGGCUGUGCCACAACAUAUUGCACAGAGCUAUCAAACUGCUGGACACCAACAUCAGCCAGCAGCAUCGGGCUCUCCAACUUUCACCCUCCAAGCCCAUCAGGUUUCUCAGAACCUUAUUGCCUCAACUCAGCAACAGGCUGCAUCAAGCUACCCUGCAGUCCAUCAUCAGGCUGCAGCAGCCAUCUUUGCAGCACAUCAGCCAAUGCAAAGCUGCUCUCUUGGCACAGUUUCCUCAGCAAUGGCAGCGACGACCCAUGGCCAAUCUGCACACUCCGCUAGCACAUCUCAGCAGGCCUCAGCCAAUCAGCAGCCUGGUCAGAUAUCUUCCACACCAGCACUUUACAGUCAGAUUAUUUCUGUUCAACAAAACACCCAGUCAAACAUACAACACACACUAAACACUGGACAAGUUUAUAAUCUUAGCCAAGAAUCUGUGCAUAUCAUCAGCCAUCCAGCGGCUCAGCCACCCACGCUUUCUUCUCAACAACUUCAGUCUCCUACUCACCAGUCGGACGCUCCAGUUCUUUUGCAAAAUGCAGUUCCAGAACAGAGUCAGAAUGAGCCGCAUCCCAAAGGAAGCCCAGUUCGACAGAUUCCAGCUGGCAGUCAAAGUUUCUUUGCGUCAGCUGUGCCCGAUGCAUCCUCUCACAGUUACGCGCAUUCUGCCAUCCAGCAGGGCCCACCAGCGCAGAACCAGUACCAGCUAGCACCGUGCGUCACUGGGGAAGGAGUUAAUCAAGCAGCAUCAUCUCAGACAUUUCCAGUUUCCACCCAGCAGAACCACAGCACACACAUCCACCAGGAAAAUGUUUCAGCUGGUCAGAGCAUUUCAAAGUCUGGACAAGAUGACAAAAGCCAUGGACUGAGCCUCAGCCAAUCAGCUUCCAUUGGAUCAAGUCAGACACCAGCUCAUCAGGAAUCAGUUUCCCAAACUGCUGUCCACCAACACCUCCAGCCCCUUCAGAUUUCUGCCUCGCUCCCAUCAUCACAAACAUCACUGUUUCCUUCACAAUACCCCACAGUCCAGGUGGUGACAGCUGUGACUGACUCUGAAUCCGCCUACCUUCCCCCCUGCACUUCUCCUCACCCUUCUUCCUCUUCCCUUACUCACAUCUUCCUCUCUCCCGGAUAUACUGUACCUGUAACCCCCUCUGUCUCUCCUCUGUCCCCUCUUCACAUUGAAAACACAUUAAUUUCUCCCACCCCAGUGUCUCUUACUGUACCAUCCCCCUCAUCUGUGCUGGGUAUGGUGCAACCUACCUCACCACAGCACCAACCUGCAGCUGCUAGAUCUGAGGCUUCUCAGAUGCAGGCUUUGUUUAAAUCAACACUGACUAGCCACCCCAUGCACACAAACACACACCUCCCUGCAAAUGGCAGCUCUCAGCCGCUGAUACAGGUUGCGCAGCAGACGCAGUACGGCCCCAGUACGCAGCAGGUUCAGCAAACUCAGCUCAUGCAGCCUGCAGUCUUCUCCUCACCUGUGCAGAAUGAGGCGGAUCUGGGCGCAGCCACUGCGGCCAGCCAGCUGGACAGCACAAAGUCCUGCCAGAUGCCCCCACAGAGCCAGGCUUCCCAGCAGAAAAUCCCAGGCACCGUCACGGGAGCGGCAGGUCAAGGGUCAUCAGAGAUUUACGUGGAGGAACAAGCGUCAGAGAAACGCAUUGGAGGACAGAGCUGUGACAGCAUCAACUCUGAUGUGACAUCAGGAAGAGAAAUGAGUGAUGGCAAUGAAGGGACACAUGGAGGCAGAAGUGAAGGAAAACAGCGUAGACACCGCAAGUCAUCACGCACGCGUUCUCGACAGGAGAAGUGUGGCAAACCAAAGCUGAGCAUGCUCAACGUGUGUAACACUGGAGAUAAGAUGGUAGAAUGCCAACUAGAAACUCAUAAUCACAAAAUGGUAACAUUCAAGUUUGACCUGGAUGGAGAUGCUCCAGAGGAGAUUGCUACGUAUAUGGUGGACAAUGAUUUCAUUCUGCCCCUGGAAAAGGAGAUCUUUAUUGAACAACUGAAAGACAUUGUAGAUAAAGCUGAAGACAUGCUGAGUGAGGACACAGAGGGUGAGAGGAACUCCAACCAGGGGUGUAACAUCAGACAGAAUGAAGGAUGUUGUGCACUGGGAUCAGAGGCUUCAGAACCCACCACUCCACAGCUGGUGUAUCAACAAAAUGUCCUGCACACCGGAAAACGCUGGUUCAUUAUUUGCCCUGUGGAUGAAACACUCAUGCAGGAUAAAGACAACACAUCAACACACACCUUUACAGCACAGGAGUAUGAAACGUCUGGCUCCCUGUCAGUCGGGUCCAGCAGCACCACAACUACUUUGACGACCCCUGUCACAUCUUUACCUUCCCAAAGCCCCACCGCCCCCUCUGCCUCCACCUUGGUGCAACCUCCAGACCAAAUUAUCGGAGAAUCCGAGGUCCAGCAGAGCCAGCCUAGUAUUACCAAACGUACCGGCACAACUGGGAGCAUUAACCAUGAAAGCUCAUUUCCUGUGGAGGAGUCAUCUCUCUCUGCUGUGUCUAUGGUUGAAAUGCCAUGUUGUGCUAUUGUGCCACCCGUCUCUGUGGAUGCUAAUGUCACUGAUAAAGAAGCGAGAGCUGCUGGUGUUCUGAUCUCGUCGCUGAAUAAUCAAGCGAAUCAGACGGCCAGCCCGACUGAAGAACAAGCUCCUCAGCUGGCCAGCCAGCAGCCCGUUGUCCUGCAGCAGCCUUACGCCACACCCAUCCAGCCUGGGACCGUGACCUCUCAGCCCCAAAGCCCUGCACAUCAGAACCCGACUUCAAGUCAGCAGCAGUGUGGCGGGCAAGGUGAGUCGGACGGGGAGGGCCCUCCAAGGGGGGAGUUUGUUGAUCGAACCAUCAAGACUUUGGAUGAGAAGCUCAGAAACCUGCUGUACCAGGAGCACCCCCCCUCACAGCCCUCCAGCACGGCUUCUGAGCCUCAGUCCUCCAGCUCAGACAGACUGAGCUCCCCUCCGGUCUCAGAUGGGCACAGCACAGAGGCUGUCACAAAGAAGAAGAUGGAACCAAUGCAUUUGUAUCUUAUUUCUUUGUGUUUUCACAAUAGACACAUGAAGGAGAUCUCUGAGCUGCAGGCAUUCCAGAGGAGUGAGAUCGAACGUCUGUACAAAGACCUGGGAAAGUCUGUACCCCCCAAGGUUAGCCUGCUCCAUGCUGUUCCUCCAACGACGGGUCGAAGGCGCAAAACCAGCAAACACAAACUGAAAGCUGGGAAACUGCUCAAUCCGAUGGUGCAACAACUCAGAAAUAAUCCCAACAGCACCAGUGUGGAGAGGAAAGGAGAAAGUGCUACCAGUUCAUCCAGCUCUCCAGCUAAAAGUUCACUUUUGUCAGAUGGCUCUGCCCACUCCAGCUGCAGCUCCUCCUCCAACAGCCAGCCCAGCAGAGUCCAGGAGCAGGUUCACACACAGCAACCCUGUUCUUUGAAAGGCUCUUUCUCAUCAGACAACAUCUACGCUGGAAGACACGGGGACGGGAUGGCCAACCAAGCUGAUCCUGGUCAAGGCUGGACGGUUUACCACCAAACGUCAGAGAGAGUCACCUAUAAAUCUAGUAGCAAACCACGCACUAGAUUCCUCAGUGGACCUGUGUCUCUGUCCAUCUGGUCCACUCUGAAACGACUAUGUCUAGGCAAAGAGCGCAGUAGUAGGUCCCCUCUCAACACGACACAGACCACCUCGAGUCAAAUCCAGCCUUCGCUCACCACGGCGGCACAGUCGACCUCUCCUCAGCCAUUAACGAGGCUCGCUCAGGUCCAGACCAACAACAGCAACAACAAGAGAGGCACUUUUACCGAGGACCUUCAUAAACUGGUGGAUGACUGGACGAAGGAGACUCUAGCGGCAGCCAAUCAGCCACGAACUUCCCUAAACAGGAUGAGACAGCAGACCCGCCAGCAGGCCACAGAGUGCAGACCUACACAGAUGGGUGCAGUUGCAUGUGAGAUGAAAUGCCGUGUUGUUCCCAACAACUUGCGGCUACCUCUCUCAUGCCCAAAGACCGCCAUUUUAGGCCCUAAUUUGCCUGCAAAUCUAAGACUAAACUCAUCCACAGUGCAUCCUCCUGGCUACCUUGUGCAAUCAGGCUCCUUUGGUGUGAUGGCUCCCACUCCUCUUUAUUCGCAGCAGUGGCCUGGCAUGCCUAGUCCUGUAGCGUCUGUGGUUCCUGUAGGAUUGCUUGGUGCUCCAAGAGCGAUUCACUACGCCACAUUGUCAAACCCAGGGAUCCAACCGUACUCUUUUGUUGUGCACAACCCUGAGAAUGGGCCUUUCCCGAAAACCAAAAGGACUACCCGAUCCGCUAAUUAAUGUGUUUGUGUGCGCUCAGGACAGACUUAUUUCGCUCUGCUUUGUGCACCAGAGCCACACAUGUGCAUAGUUUUUUUCUGUAAAUAACACGCAAUGGUGUUGCUAUUCUUAAUGCAACGCAUCUAUGUGUCGUAAAUUGUGUAUUUGUAUGUGUGUAUAUUAUACAGUAUGUGUUAAGUCUGAAUACUUACUGCUUUUUGGCUUUGUUCUUGGCUAAACUCAGCCAUAUAAGACAUUUUAUCUGCACUCACGGUAACCGACUUCACUCUGUUCUUCAUCACAUUUGCCUUUCUGUUGAAACACACUACAUUGGAAUCCAAAUACUAGUGGCUUAUGAUUCAGUGAGAUGACAGUAUUUUGAACAAAUUAACAGUUUUGCAGGAAUGUAGUGCCUUGAACACUUAUUUAUGUAUAUAUUUUUCUUUAAACAAAGCAUUUCUGCAUCCAGGUUAUUUUAUUUAAAAUGGUAGCUUGAGUGUGUUUUUUGGUUUACAUACAAAUGCCCUUAUUGUACUGCACUAAUAACACAGUAUAUAAUCUUAUUUAAAAACAUACGAAUAUGGUUUGACCUAAUUUACUUAUCUCCCCAUUGAUAAAUGGAAUGCCAUAGCAGAGAGAUGAUCUGAUGCCUUCAGAAACAAAUGACCAACGUAUGAAUGAUGAGGUUAGGUUAGGGGAAAGGGUAGACGCCAGCAUCCAAAUCCACUUAAUCCACUUAAUUCAGGUCAAAUGGUUCAGCUGGGCAAAGCCUCUUUAUUUACUUUUUGAUUGGAGAACCAACUCAUUGGACAGCACUAGAGCGUCCACUGCUGCAGAGGAAAGCCAGUGUCCAGAGCCAUAUAAUGCUGUACAUAAGUCUUUCUACAGUAGAUGUCUCUGGUAGUUUUGUGAAUCAGAAUGUAGCAAAUAAUGUGAAUUUUUAAUUUUUAUUUUUUAUUUUUUUUGAGGCUCAAAAGUGCAAUUGAACCCCUUUCCACAAAGCUUUGAUCGUAGCCUUGCCACAAGCCUUACCUUUAAUGUGAGCAAGAGGAGCAAGCUGAAAGGUUGAACAAAAUUACAAUUCACCAAACCACAGACGUCACCAGACACUAAAAUCGAUAUUACAAACUACCCAAUAAACAGUUUAUCACAGCUUAUUGUUCUUUCAACUUGCCUAGUACUCAACAUACACUGUAUGUAGAAUACUUUGUGCAAUCAAUCACCAAUUUAAUCUGAGGUCUUAGGGGGUUUUUUUCUUCCUUUUUUUAUGCUGCUAUUUAUCAAAGUGAUUUUGCUGUACAGUUGAGCGUUACUGUUUGAUGGUACAAAGCAGAUGCUGUUGAAGCAGUGUUAUAGCCUUGUUAAAGGAUUGGUGUGUUGUUUAUUUUUAAUGACAGUCGAUUUAAUUUUGUCUUUUUGCAUUUAUUUUCCAUGACAUAUUGCAACAUUAAACUGAAACUUGAUGUCAGAGAUUUGCACAACAUAUGGUCUCCUUUUAUCCUUCUAUGUGAGGAGUUCCUACACUGUAUAUAUUUGGUGGGGUUUCAUCACUGACGAGCAUGGCCAAUAUUUCAUCUUUCCACAAAACGUAGAAACAGUACAGAUAUAAAGUUAGAAAUAUGACAUCUGCACAACCCCAGUCCUGCCAAAGCUGUGAAUCGUAAAGUUUUCUUCUUGUAGCUCGUAUUUGUACAUUUUAUUUUGACUCUUAAAAGUGGCGGGGGUGGGGGGGUUGCUUUAAUGUAUAUUAACUCCAUCAAUUCGGUUUGAAUUGGAUUUUUCUAAGAUAUUAUGCAGAGUCUUCUGCUUUGGUGAAAUAUUUCCAAUAGUAAGAGAUUUCUGUUCUCUGUCACGUGUAUCUUGUAUGUUCUACUUUUCCUAGCUGCUAACUCAUGGAGAGCAUGGGAGGAGGUAACCAAUACCGGUAUAUACGCUAAACUGGGGUAGUUGAAAGUGCACAGAGGAGAUGGAGCAUCCUGACACUUUUUCCUUGGCACAUCUCUCUUUUGUCUGGGAGAAACUGCUCCUCAAGAUUAUGCUCCAGUUGUGAUUGGCCUGUGUUUGAACUGUGUGAGAUUGCUUUGCCUGCUGUAUGUCCCAUUGCAUUACCCCACCCUGUCCUGAAGCACUCUUAUCACAGACUGUAUGUUGGGAGAGAAAUAAAUAUUUUGUGCUUGA